AUGCGGGGCCAGGAUUCCUACAGGGAUAGCAUGACCUGGCCCUGGCAGCAAGCCGAAUACGCAGCCAUGUCGAAGUCGCCGCCGGGCAUCACGCAGGGUUUUUUUCCUGCUGCUGCCGUGGCCGCGUACCCAACGUACCCGCCGCCGCAGCAGCCGCUUCGGAAAACGUCCUGCGAGCGUCACCUUGCCGCGGUUGUCUGCGGCGUCACGGCACUGUUAGCUGCCAUGGCGAUGGCGUUGUUGCACUUCGCUAGCACGGACCGCGAUUCAGGGACGCGAGGUUACCGAUUCGCGCCGCAGCCUUCGACUUCCAAUUCGACUCCGGAUAGCCCUAGCGAUUUCGAUUCCGAGGCUGUCGCGGUGAAUAUGGACUCGGACAUCAUUGUUUAUUCAGGAUGCGAGGACUGCCCCGAGGCAGAGUUCUGCGUGUACGCUGGCAACCCUGGCUGCGGUGGAGCUGGCACCGCUGAGGCGGUGACAUUCGACAACAGCCGCGCAGCAGAAGGGUGCCAAAUCAGACCUGUGCUGACGAUCCCUCGCUCGUACAUGAGAGACAUCGCCGACCUGCAAGCCAAGGGUGAGAUAUUGGCCAAACAAAUGCUUAAUAUCAUGCUUCGUCAAGGAUUCACCGAAUACCGAAAUCGCGGUCACUCGGGCCCCGUGCAGCAGUGCAUCCACUUGCCGAGCGGCGUGUCGGUGCGUUGGUUGCACCUUCACUCGUUCUGCGUCGGCGCGGGGGGCGGAUUCGACGGCAUGCCUGGGGGCAGCUCCCUGUGCGGAGUCAUGGAGGCCGCCGACGACGCCGAUCGGAUAGCAGGCGGCUGGUCUGCGCCGCCGUGA